UGUACUUUAUCUGACAGCACUCAAAGUGGUAAUGUCGCCUUGGUAAGAGCGUAAUGUUGAAGAUAUUUUUAUCUGAGAUGCAUCACAGCUUCAUAGCGAAGAAAUGGGGAUGGGCGCAACAGAUGCUUCUCUACUUUUGGGUUUCAGGUACUCACUCCUUGGUCACAGUCCACCAGCCCCCUGUGCUUACCACUGCUCUGGGUCAAGACGUCAUCAUGCCGUGCCAUCUCAACAUUUCCCACGAUGAGAAAAUGGUGACCCCACCCGUUCUGUAUUGGGUGUUCUUAACACAGGACGGCACUGACAAUACCAGACUGUGGUUCCCCUCUGAGAAAUAUGAUGGACGUGUUGAGCUUCUGGACAAUAACCCGAACAUUUCAAUCAAGUCCAUACUCCUCAAGAAUGUCCAGUGGGCCGACAGUGGGAAGUACCAGUGCAAAGUCUCCGUCAUCACAGAGGGGGAUCGUUUCAGGAGGAAAGGAAAUAACACUUUACUGAUGGUAUAUGAUACCGUGACCUUAAACCUCACCGGUCACAAUGACUCUCUGCUCGGGUGUAAAGUAAACGUAACCUGGGAUCCCGGAUUUGUUUUGUCCAUUUUUCAUGAUGGGUCCAAACUCCAACCUGUUGACACAGCCCCAGGACAUGCUGACGCAGCUCUUCCCUACGUCACACUCUCUGAGACCGUGUCUCUGAGGAGCAAAGGAAAAUAUGAGUGUCAGCUGCAAUUGAACGAAGAUUUGGUGACAAAAAGCAUCUUCAACUACCACGUGCCUGGUAAUAAUCUCCCACCUGAUCUUGAUCUAGUUUUCACCCGCGAGCUGCCAGUCCUCAGAACACACUAUGGUGCGGUAGCAGAAGAAAAUGGUUUGCUAACAUUUCCAACAACUGUCACUGAGACAGGUGUGAUGGUGGUUCCAGAGCCAUGGUCCCUGUAUAUGGCUCUCCUCCUGGUGCCCAUCAUUAUCCUGCUGGGACUCACAAGUGCCUUGCUGAUGCUGAUGUACAGAAGCUGA